UUUACUAAUUCUUUUGCACUUGUGUUCCUUCAAAAAUCAAGACUUAAGAUGGAACUGUGCACUUUAUACUAUGUUAUCCCAUGAGUUUUACUGCACGAAAAACGUUAUGUUCAGAUGGGACAGAGUUGCAUCGUUUUUAAGAACUUGUAACACUAGACUAGACUGUUCAACCAAAAUGUAAUCAGUUACCGAAACUCCAAGCCUGAAGAAAUAAGCAGUUUAAGUACAUCGGAGUCGCCUUCUUAUACGUGACUGGGCUAUAGAAAUUAAUCAAUGUGUGGAAGGGUUGCGUGCAGUUUUUUGUGGUUAUAAUCGACUUGUAGUUACCCGUGCUGUGGGUGCAUUUGGACAGCGGAUCAAAACAUGGAUGGGCGCCGUGUACUGCAACAGUAGCUAUACAGGCGUAUUAUGUUUCAUGAGGCAGACGGGCUCUCGAUAUUCCAAGUGACUUUCUAAGUUGGAUGUGACACUGCAUCGUUGUUGGCGGAUGCGUGGAGUUAGUUUUGUGCUGCUUAAAUAUCCUUUAGCGAGGUUUACAGGUGCAGUUCUCGUAAUAAAACCUUUUUGUUUGACGUACCUUUGUUUGCACUCGUGCUCCCUUCAAACUUUGAUCAAUCACGGGUGAGUUAAAAUAACCUAAUUAUAUAAUUACUAAAAUUAAUUAUAACAUCAACUUAAUAUAUACAAAGGAGAAAUAUUUUACUUUUAUCGAUAAACUCCGUUACUUUGCAUCUGAAACAAAUUUUAUGAGCCUGAAACGUCAGAGAAAUGUACUGUUUUAUGCCAACACCGAGUUAAAAGCUUUUUGCUUGUUGCUUAAUAGAUGCUUUUAUCACAAGUGACUUGCACAGCAUGCAUUUUUUUCAUGCAUCUGUUUACACAGCUGUUUACUGAAGCGGUCCAAGUCAAGUACCUUGGCUUAAGGGUAUAGCAGCGGGGACCGGGCUGGAACUUGACCCUGCAGCCUUUUGCUUAUAUACUGUUUGGAUUCAAUCGUUUUUUUGUGGGGAUGUCAAGAGAAACUCUAGAUUCUGGAGGAACCCUAAAAGGGAACUCUAGAAGCAAAGCUGUAAUAUAUUAAGCUGGCCUUUUCAGAAGUAACAAAUGACACAACUCAGGGGUUUUCCUGUUUUAAUAUUUUGAGUUUUUAAAACAAACACUUUCAUACACGGCAUUUAAUGCUUUUUUGUCACACAUUGUUCUUUGAUUUAUCAGAAAUCUAAUGCAAUGCCUCUAAAUUACUAAUAAUAUUACAAGCAAAGGGCAUCUUUGAUUCAUUGACCGCAUUAGCACCGACAGAGCAGUUAGUGUAAUUAGAGUAAUAAUCACGUUAGCUGAGUGCUUAAGCAGUCAGACUAGUGUGCGCUCAAAGACCUAAAUGCAAUCCAACCCUCCAAGGCCAGUCUGCAGAAACACUGGCACACAUUUUACCAGCCUGUAUUGUUUAGUUAAAUGUAGCAUUGUUAUCACAAUAUAAUAAGGCUAAUUAGCGUUUCCAGGACUGUUAUUCUAAAAUCAUCCUUAGAAAGUAUAUUUUUUGCGGAAUACACACAGUGCAAAAAAAGCUUGAUAAGGCCUCACAAAACAUCCAUUUUAGUUUACAAAUUAUAGUCAUUUAGCCACAGUCUAUAAUUUUCAUUGUAUGGUUUCCUCUCAUCAUUCAUCAUCACUCACAAGGGACCCCUCCGUGUCUGAAAGGCACUAUAUGCAGGAGCCAUUUAAUAAACAUUUUUUAGGGCAUGGUCUAUAUCGAAUAUGCAAAGAAGCUUGCACAUUUUACAUUGUGCACUGAAUCACAAAAUGUACAUUUUCACAUGUCCUGCAGUCUUUAGUCAUUUACAGCAGACUGGAUAAAUUAAUGCAACACAAGCAACAAAUGUAUUAAUGGAGAAAUUUUCCAGAUGGUUCUGCCAAUGCUCUGAACCUCUGUGCAUUUAAGAGUGCAGGAAGUUCCUUGUUUGAAGAACAGAUAAUUAUGUCCAAGGCAAACAAUUACACACAAGCCCGGCUCAAAAUUCGUUGCUUCACAUGCAGUGCGUCGCUGCUUAGUCUGUCAAUUUGUUACACGUUCUUAGGGGGGUGGUAGGGCGGGUUUACUGGUUUCUGAUUGAGAGACAUGGUUAGACGCGAAGCUGCACUGCAUACGGUGUGUGUGAGCGUGUGGCUUGCUGCCCGAGUGAAGUGGAGUGGAAUGGAGUUUGCUCAGGAGCCAGACAAAACACCUGCCAGUAACAGAUAAUGUGCCAGGAGCACUUGCUCCUCCGCCUUACACUGCCUGCCUGUUCUACAAAGAAUCUGUGUCAGUAGGGGAAAGUGGGAGAACUACAGCGCCGUGUUGAAGGUUCAGUGACUCAAGGCCCUUGUGUCAUCCUCGUUAGAUCUUCCUGUUGAACCUCAGAAUAGGCAUCUGUGAAUGUACAGAGCUUGCAUUUCUCUCAGAGCAGGGGAGAGGUCCAUCUUACUUUCACCUGGGAUCUCUAGAUGCACACAGGCCAGAGCUGCAGACCUCCUACCACUAAUACCUCUUUUUCGAUAUUAUUUUUUUGUUGCUGAUCAGGGGAGCGUAAUAAUGCCAACAUUGUCAGUUUACGCAAUGUUUCUGCACAUUCGGGUUAAAGACCCCAGUUCAAAAACCCCUGCUUUAGUUGUUACUGGGGAUUAAAAACAAGAAUGGAUGCUUAACCCUUAUCCAACCAAUAUUUAACACAGAUGGACUACCAACUUGAAUAAUUUACUGUACCCAAGUACAAUCCACAUUAUCACUUAAAAGCUUAUUUAUCACCCUUUGAUUCUGCAAUCAUUUUCAGUUAAGAUUAGUGUUUAUAUCAAGGAUGGGGAACCUGUUCCUUUAGGGCCGGUGUGGGUGCGGCUUUUUGGGAUGGCCUCUCGAUCAGCCAUAACAGUGGGUCCCCAGGACUGGACUUGAGAACCACUGCUUUGUUACUGGGAUUACUGGGUUACUGUUACUGGGUCACCCCAAAAACCCGCACCCACACCGGCCCUCCAUGGAACAGGUUCCCCCCUCCUGGUUUAUAUGUUGAAACUACCCAGGGUCAUUUUGACCCCAGUAUAAAAUAAUUGAAAUAAACACACACUCAAACCUCAGCACUUUUUAAUUUUGUUUUGUCUUUCAAUACAAAAGCAACUCAACCCACAGUCAUUUAGACUCCCAUUGCCUUUUUAAUCUUUCAAAAGAAAAGUACUUGAAGUCAUUCAAACUUCUACAUUAACAUUUCACAUGUUGCCUUAUUUUGUCUUUUAGUACAGGAGCAACUAAACCUGAAGUCAUUAAAUCUUCAACACUACUUAAUUUUAUUUUGUCUUUUGAUGUGAAAAAAAAUGUGUGACUAAAAACAACUAAAACCAAACACACACUACAGGCAGUUGUGGCAUGUAAUUUCAAUCAUGCUAUGCUCAGGGCAUGUUGGCUUGUGACAGGAGUCGCAAAAAGUCGAUACCUUCCUGUCUUUGUUUCGGGAACAAAAGUAGCACCUUUUGCGAGAGGAGUGUGUGGCAGGUUUACUUUGCCUCUCUCCCAGGGGGGUCACUGCUUCUUGGAUUUGGCCUUGCAAUGCAGUAACUUCAUCAACACCAAAUCUGGUCAGUUUUGAUCUGCUUGCCAUUUUUGCCUAAAAAAACACAUGUUAUCAAAAUCUACAUUAUAUAGUUAUGUUCUAGAUUUAUUAUAGCCAAACACAUCUUGGACCUGCACCCUCACUACCCUGAUCAUGCCCCGACUGCUUGGCCUUCACUGAAGAGCAGCAUCUCAGGUUAUUGACAGAGCAUGUGUGGAUGUUUGUGGCUGAUGCAUCUGUGUCAGUCUUCAAGAUGACUGACAGUGCCUGUACCCCCCCUGACACUGUGUGGUACAUUAAAUUGGGAUCCAUUUCAAACAUUAACUGAGUAAAUACUUCCUUUAUUAAAACAGCAGAAUUGGGUGCUUUUGACUGGAGUGCCCGGGGACCCCAAAACAUUUUUUUUUUUUUAAAAAAAGCACCAAUCAAAGCAGAAAUAGAAAGUAAAAAUGCGACAUGAUUAGGAACAAGUUGAGUGAUAAAUUCAUUAAUUAGAAUGAUUAAAAAAAACACCUGAGAUGACCAAAAAAAUCACUGCGGACCCCAGUUGGUAGGGUGAGGGUUAAAACUACAAAGCUAGCUAAAGUUUUUUUUCUAUGACAGUAAAAAAUGUUUAAGUGAGAAAAAAAACGGCACUGUAAUGUAUGUACAGAAUUUAAAGUUAGAAAAUGCCUAAUCUUAAUCUGGCUUACUAGCAAUAUAAGAAUUGCACAUGCUGAACAAGCAGUGUUGGUAUUAAAAUCGCACAUCGUCCAGCCCUAUAAUACAGCACAGCCAUUUUUAGGAUUCAGUAUAAAAUACCCGCCUCGUGUUAAUGUCAUUUGGUGCUGGUACCAGUUUUUACGCCAGUGGAAAACCAACCCCUUGAAGUAUGUACUUUUGUUGCUUGUAUGUAUGGUACCUGGUGCAGUGGAAAUGUGCUCUUAAGUUCAGGCUUAAAUUUUUUCAUCAAAAUUCCAGUGUUCCAAUAUUUAUCCCAAAAUUUCAAAUGAAAUCCUGGGAAUAUUCCACCUGACGGCAGCACUAUAAUAUCGAGUGACUGUGUGCAGAAGUGGCUGAUGAAAAGCAGAGGGAAUACAGCCUACUGACAGUUUUCUGCAUGACUAUGCCAACAGCAACAAAGGCCUUUGGGGACAGAACUGAGGCAGAGGCUUUGCACAGAUAAGCCCCAUGUCUGUGAGGCUCCCCAGCAGUGACGGCAAAGGGCCGCUGUGGCGCGGGUCCUCUGAGUCCAUGAACGCAAGUCAUCAUCUAAUGCUUCCUAGGAUUCAUCAUUCUGCAGAAACUUGUAGUUACACAGGACAAGCGGUUUCAGAAAAUGGAUGGAUGGAUAGAAAAUGGAAUAAUGGAAAGUGUGAUUGUUAGUCUGAGAUUUGAAUAAGAAAAGGACAUGUGUCAGUGAACAUAGGAAUACCCUCACACAGAAUGCAGAAAUGAGGAGAAGCUAACUUAACCCCUUCCUUAGGGUGUGUGUGUGUGUGUCUGUCUCUUUCUCUCUCUCCACUGACCCCAAUAGCAAACCCAUGGACCAAGACUCUUGCCUGUAAUGGUAACUUGCAUAAGCCCAUCCACAGAGACUAAGCAACUCACCUCAAAAACACAACUGGCCUCCGCCUGUUUAUAUACCGACCAGGUCGGAUCUGGCGAAACAGUACCAGGCAUCUGACGCCACACAGAGCAGUUGAGAAUUUGUCUGCGGCUGCCUGGGUGAUUCCUGGCCAUUAAACACUUCUGCAAAUGCCUUAGUUCCACUGACCUGGCUUUUGAUAAACCAAACAUCAUGGAUAAUGGGGUACGAGUCUGGGCCAGCUGUCUGAAUGAACAUAAUGGGGUCUGAGCCUGCGUUACAUAACUGUCUCCUAAUGAGCUAAAUCAGACGGUUUAUCUGGGGAAGGGGGUGUGUGCCCCACGCCGCCCCCUCUGCCGUCCCCCAGGGUGCUCAGCUUUGCUCCCCUGUUAUAAAUCUACACAUCACAGUCAGCCAGCCACCCCAUCCCUGUCCUGCUGUUACAGAAAAUGGAGGGGGGAGGGGGUAACUAAGGUUUGCUGCCCUUGGGGUUAAAGGAAGGGCAAGUGCACCCAACCGCAUGAGGUUUUUAAAAGGCAGUAACCACACAAAACGCAUGAAACACCUACAGUGCAAAGCUGGGGAAGCACAGCUGGGUGAGGAGCUGAGUGAGGGUCUCGCAAAAUGUAGCUGUAGGUAACUGGUACUGGGUUUUCCAGGCAGGCUUCAAAUUAACUUUGAAACAAGGACAAUGUAAUAUUCUGGGCGGUAUGUUAAUAGUUAUUAUUUGGGUUGUAACUAGGGGUGGUAGAUUGACUAUUAUUAUGGUAUUUCUCACGGUAUUAGUUUAUUUUAUAAUAUAUUAAGUACACUUUAAUUGCUGAUUUACACUAAUUACAGUUGGGUAUGCAUGGUUUUAUUUCAAAAAGUGACAGGUGAUGUGUCAUUUGUUUUAAUUGUUUAAUUGUGUCUAUUGUUUUAGUGUGUCAUUUUAAUUUAAUUUAAUUGUCGGAGUAACAGCGCAAAGGGAAUGACAAGCUGUUUCAGCCGAAAAAAAAGUGCAUUUUACUUUUCAUUUCAAAUAAAACGCAGGGUUGCAAACUUUGGUCAGCUGUCUGGAGUGAGUUUUUUUUCUUACCUUGUAAAUGGUCUGUAGGGUUUGCAAACUACCCCAAUGCUUUUGAUGUAGCUAAUUUUAGGUUUAUAAUAGGAUAACAUAGAUUUGCUGUAAGAUUUCUUGCGUGAGUGUGACAGUCUGAAAGCAUCACGCCAGAUGCGCGAGUUGGCAACCCUUUAAAUGUAUAUAUUUUUUUAAAAAUUGCUUCACCUGAGCUGAUUUGUAUAAAAGAUUACUUUAUGCGGUUGUUAAACGUAAACUUUGGCGAACAUGAAGUCACCAAUAAACUGUCUGUUUAUCCAACAUUUUAUAAAAUAUAUACUGUUUGAAAACUUUUAAGCCUUACAAACAUUAGGAACAUUACAGCUUUUUGGUAGUGUUUGAUUCGCUGCUGCUAACACUAAUGGCACUGUAGCACAAACAAAAUACUGCAUAAACCAAAGUAUGUUUUGUUUGGAGGUUAAAGGAGUUUGAUGUCCAUUGGUGUGGGAAAUGUGUGGUGCCAGAGUUAGUUGGGUAGUUCUGCCUUUUACCAGGCACCUUGUGUGAAGGCAGUGGUGCCUAAUAUAUGCUGAUUUAGCAAACAUGUUUUACUUUUUCAUUUGCUACUGUAUAUAUGUAACCAGGUUAAUUUCUCUUUGGAUUUUGCCCCCUAGUGGUUCGGAUGCAUGUGUCCAAGACAGAAAAACGACAUUCAAUAACUGAAACAAAUGUAUCAAAUCAACCAAAUACCGCUUGUCACACCAAAAAAAAAAAACUUUCAAAACAAAACAUGUACGAAGUUGCACAAUUUCGUGCCACAGUUUCUUUUAGUAAGUAAAAAUAAAAUGACCACGGUGGCCAUAUUUAAAUGGGUUGAGUGUCCGUAAGUGAACUAAAUGUUGUUAAAAUUAAAAACUAAGCACUUCAAGCUCUCUCUUUCACCACGAACAGUUCAUAAACCGUCUCAGUAUUAAGACAAAACCACACAUUUCCCUAUAAAAAUCACUGUCAUGCUCUCAAACAGCUUGCUCACUCAUCGCAGAAAAAUGUCAGUCGGCAUUCUGUAAACACGUGCUGUGUUUUUCCAUCUCCAGUUUUUUUUUUUUUAAUAAAACCAUUGAAUAAAAUGUCAAAGUUACCCUCGUUUGAAAGCUUGAUCUCUUAUGUACAUGAAUCAGUCAUUCUUCAUUGUCUUCAUAUAUGCUCUGCUUCCUUGCUAACAUAUCACGGAACCUUUGCCUAUGGUUAUGUUUCAACGUAAUUAACGUUUUCACCAAAUUUCAGUGUCAACUGUUUCGUCCAAUAAAGGUGUGUCUAAGGUUUGCAAAAUGGUAUGGAAUGUGUUGAUUGGACAUUGAUUUUCACACUGGAGACAUAAAUGCAUUGCUCAGUCAGUGAGUCUCGUGAGUUUUCCCGAGUUAUUUUUGGACAACUUUUUUGAGUGAAGAAUAUUGGCUUGGAAGACAUUCAGUGUUGAGGAAGCACAGAGGAUGAUUCUGGAGAGUGAUUUCGGGAAGGAAAGCAAGGCAUCCAUCGCAGACUCCUUUGAUUUGAUGGAGGACGACACUUUUUUGCACAGAGGAUGCAACCCUCGACAUAUGAGCUAUCCAGAAGCUGAUAUCGCCAGCGACAGCCUGAAUGGGACUCCUGGCUAUGACCCCCUGUUCAGAUUGAAGCCCCUGCAUGGUGACAUCAUCACAUCAUAACCAGUGAACCGGAGGCACAGCCAGCAGAACCAUCGCGAUGUGGAGCUGCAUCGCCUACAACGAGACGGAUGACGGUUUGGAUCAGCAGCUCUGUCGGGACUUUGAGCUCAUCCUGUCUGUGCUCUCCCUCAUCUACCUCAUCAUCUGCUUCCCUGUGGGCCUCUGCUACAAUGCGCUCCUGGUGGUGGUCAACCUCUCCAACAAGGGCUCCAUGACCAUGCCAGAUGUCUACUUCGUUAACAUCGCCAUCGCCGGCCUGGUGCUCAACGUGGUAGCCCCGGUGGAGCUGCUGGGGCCCAGCUUCACCAUGUGGCCCAUGUGGGACUACAAUAACGAGGUCUACAUCACCCUGCUGAUCCUCUUCAACAUUUCCUCGCUGGUGAUCAUGUACUCCACCACUCUUCUGAGCCUGGAUUACUACAUUGAAUGCGCCCUGCCACGCACCUACAUGUCUAGCGUCUACAACACCAAGCACGUGUGUGGCUUCAUCUGGGGUGGCGCUGUGCUCACCAGCUUUUCCUCCCUGCUUUUCUACGUGUGCAACCACGUGUCCACAAAGAUCAUUGAGUGCUCUAAGAUGCAGAACAAGGAGGCGGCGGAUGCCAUCAUGAUCCUCAUCGGCUACGUGGUGCCUGCUGUCGCCGUGCUCUACGCUUUUACGCUCAUCCUGCGUAUCAGAAAGGAGGCCACGCCUUUGGAGCAGGAUUUGGGGAGGUUGGACCCUUCCAUCCACCGGAUGCUGCUGGUGUGCGUCUGCGUACAGUUUGCGCUCUGGACGCCAUGCUACGCGGUGCUGCUGGUGCACACGCUGCUGGGCGAGCGUGGCAUCUACCUGCAGUGGCCGCAGGCGGUGGCCUACGAGUUCCUGCGCUGCCUCAGCGAGCUGCUCGCCUUCUCCAGCACCUUCAUCACGCCGCUUAUGUACCGGCGCAUGAACGAGAACUUCGCCCACAAAGUGCAGCGCCUCCUCAAGAGGCUGCACUGUGGGGGCCGGGGCUGCACCCACGAGCAUUCCGAAGUGCAGCAGGUGUUCACGUGAGGAGCGGCUAUCCCGGUAUCACCCUUAAGCAGCUCCGGCCCUCAGGAGCUUCUCACUCGUGCCAAAAACAUGAAGGAUAUCAUUGCAUUAUCCAGCCACUCAUGUCACGAGUUCAAGGCUAAUUAGUAACCACUAAGUCCUGCUUCUGAGUUCACAUAAGCUAUCGUCCGUCGCUUCUAACAUCUCCUGAUGCCGGGUUGACCCCCCACUCCGAUCAUUACAUCACAGGAUGAGCUUUGUCAUAGCAUCAUCACAAGGACGUACAAGACACAUACCUCAGCUUCUCCACAAAGGGCAUUAAAGUGAGACUGACAGCCUGCGACACCUCAAGCCCCACAGCUUUCCCAGCAGGCACUCCGGCCACCAGGGGGCACCCACAGUCCCCUUAUCUGGUUGAGGGUGUUGCUCCCCCCAUGCAAGCACGGUACCGCAUCGCUUUUGCUGCUACAGAGCAGAGGAAGUGUAACUGAAGGCCGCAUAGCUGCUUCCUGACUAAGAUUAACAACUCUGUGCACCUUGCAUCCACAUCUGCAACCUGGCUCCUACAUGUCACCACUUCGUUUCUUAUCAUAUGUAAUAUAUAUAUUUGGUGAUCCAUGGACUGGACACUAUGGGUUUCCAAGCUCCAUUGAUUACAUCGUACAACUUUCUCAACUUUGACGAAACACACAUAAGUAAAAUAUUGCAAAAAAUACACACACAAUACUGUCUGAUGUGCAUCUGAUGAUAGAUUAACAUGCAGUUUCUCUGUGAUAAUUCUAAGUAUAUAUAAAAAAGGAAAACGACACAACUGUUAAAGGCUUUUGGGGGUGGGGGGGGGAGUCAUCUGUAUGAUUUCACAAAGGCACCCAUCCGGUCUUUUCAUUCACUUAUCCCUUAUCGUCACAUUUAUUCACAUUUAUAUAUUUAUGAGCCAAACUUACAUGUGUAUCAAAAUAACUAUAUUUUUGUAGGCGAAAAAUUACCGUAUGUGUAUGGAAGGAAAAAAAACGCUUUGGUCCCACAUAUGUAAGAAAAUGUAUUUAAUUUUUAUAAAGAUGAGCAUAUACGUUACAGGGCCUAGAAGAAAUGUAAUUACGGUGUAACACUUGUGUGUAUGUAUAUAUAAAUAUAAAGAUGUCUGUAUAUAUUGUUCAGUAUUACAGAGACUUCAUGCAGAAACACGAGCGGAUCCGCAGUAUUCUCUCACAGUGGUACCCAGACACAUUGGUGUCUUCCAGCCCUGUUGCGCUUGGCUGAGUUCUGGACUGUAAAAUGAAAUGAUCCUGCAGGAACAUCAGCCACAGUGAAAAGUCUUUCAGUUGCCCCUCCCACUGCUCCCUGUUCCCACCCUCCCUGGACCAUCUGUAUACUACUGCACAUCCCAACGAUGUGUGGAAGUACCCCCCCCCCCCACUGAAUCUUAUAAUUAUUGAACACUGCUGUCCGGUAACUCAAAAUACCCAAGUCAAAGGAGGGUGAUGUUUCCUUCUAUCCUCAAAAACAAGCCAAUCGGCCGGCUUGUAAAUUAACACUGCCAGUGUGCACAGGCAUUCCUGCAAGUAACACAUCGCUUUCAACUCAAGAUAGUUCAGAAUGCAUUCUGUCCCAGUAUCUUGUAUCACAUAACAAGCAGCACCAUAGAUUUCAUGUUUGGUCAUAUUCUCCUAUUUUGCGACGGGGUGAAGAACACCUGAACCAUCUGCGGACAGUAGGUGGGAGCAAGCCCCUCCCUGGUCAAAGCCAACUCCCUUUGAAAUGUUCGCUUUAAUGUUCCCGGGAAAAGGACCAGUGGGCUCUGUGAGAAUGACUCUUAAUGUAAUGCCUCCCAAACAGUAGAAGGGAACAUCCAAAACCCUGCUUUACCCUUAGAAAGCAGGCAGUGAAAGGGAGCAUGGAGUAGAUUUGCUUUGUCCAUGUGUUCCACUCGAUCAGUGAAAUAAAAACAAAUGCACGUGGA